AUUUAAAUUUCAACUUUAAAUUUGUUUUUUAACUUUAAAUUUUUUGCACCUUUCAUUAGGCUUACAUAUUAUGUGUACUUAUAUAUUUCACGUUGUAGAUCCAUUGUAUUUCUAUGCUAAAGAUGGAUACUGAUUAAAAAUUAAAAAUUAAAUCCGAUCAAUAUUCUGACCAAUCAAAAUGUUCCGUCACAAAGCUGCUGGAGAACUAGGAAUGUAUAGCAAUUUGGACAGGCAGUAUUUUUUGCUUCCCGUUUUCACAUGCCCGCUAAUGCUGCCGGCGCCACGCAGGCUCUCGUGUAAGAAGAAUGCUUCCACACAGGUUUGGCAGAAAACGCGUGGUUGGGCGGGGGUAAAAACACCAAAGACUCCGUUUUGUUUUUAGAAAACAUUGAACAGUUCUAACUUAAAUAUAACUCUCCUUUUUUUGCGAAUUAGAGGAACCAAUCAGAUAGUGUUCAAAUGAUUUGUUUUAAAAACGGGCGCAUGGUAGACGGGGGAACGCUUUAUACUGUAGGGGGCCAUUUGAUGGAGGUUAUAUUUAUUUUACCAGUAGUGCUAACUCUUGUUUUAACUUUAUUUUGUCAAGAUAUUGAAAAGGAAGAAUAUAGCCGUGCAUAUUCGCAAGCUCUCCAAGAAGGUGAAGAAAAAAAUAAUCGAAUUCCGAUUAUGCUGGUCGGGCAAGGCCGAAGUGGAAAGACUUCGCUGAUGAAACGUCUUUUAGGAUUACCAUUCGACAAAGAUGAACUCAGUACCACUGGUAUUGACGUUAAUGGUAUCGAGCUAACAGAACAAAAUGCAGAAGAUCCCUGGAAAAAGAGAGAAGUGAAGACGUUUAUGACCAGUGAAAGUGAAGCAAAGACUGUGUUAUACAAAAAAACGGCCGAGUACUUUGAUAGAGGAGUUCAGAGGAAUUUAGAAGGGGGCGCGCCAGAGCCAUUGAUGCCAGUGAAGCCAUUGCCAGUGAAGCCAUUGCCAGUGAAGUCAUUGCCAGUGAGGCCAUUGCCAGUGAAGCCAUUGCCAGUGAAGCCAUUGCCAGUAAAGCCAUUAUUAAGGGAAGAAAUCUCCAAAAUCAAAUCGCACAGGUCCACUGAACACGACCAGAAAAAAGUUCUUCGGGUAUUUGUAACUGACUUUGCUGGACAGUCAAUCUAUUACGAUACCCAUGCCUGCUUUAUGAAACCGCAUUGCCCUUAUGUUUUGGUUCACGACCUUUCUCUAAAGUUUGAUAAACUGGCCGUUCCCAGGUUUAAAGCAAGUAAUGAAGAGGAAGAGGAAGAGAUGAACAAUCCUCAUUUUAAUACCAAUUUAGAUCAUUUUACAUCAUGGUUGAAGUUUCUGCAAGGUUUAGGAGAAUGCCAAGAUCAACAGUUCCCCGAUCAAACUGGUUACUGUACUACUGCAGACGGUCAUAAGUUUAAACGGCCGCCAGUUUUAAUAGCCUUAACUCACAGUGAUAAGGUGAAAGGCAACGACCGCAAAAUACGUAGCAUACAGAAGAGAAUCGAAAAUGUCUUGUCUGCAAGUGAAUGUAAGAAUGUCAUCCCUGGGGUUUUCCUGAUCGACAACGCGUUGGAAGGCGACGUUGGAGACGACGUGCGAAAGUUUCGUAGAAAGCUUUUUGACAUCUCGAAUGCAGUCCUUAACCAGGAGACUUUAAUGCCUGUGAAGUGGCUAGAUUUUGAAGCUUCUCUAAGCCGGAAGCUAUCACCAGAUUGCAAGUAUAUCCCAGUUGACGAAGCUAAGCAGAAAGCGGAGGCCUGUGGCGUUGGGGAGUUUAAUCAAGCUAUCAAAUUUCUACAUCGCCAAGGUAUGGUCGUACACCACAGUGGAUCCAGCAAAGUUGUAUUGGAUCCUCACUGGCUAAUGAAUCGCUUUACAAAAGUGAUCUCCAUGCCUGGCAAAUUGGAUGCAUUGUCCAGGCACGCUCUUGUUGUGUUCAAGCAGGAAGGCAUUUUGUUUCGAGAAUAUCUUAAGACGCUGGAAGACGCAGAACUUUUAGAAGAGCUUAUGCAAAAGUUUACUUUGAUUUAUCCUUUCCAGCACAAGGGAAAGGCAGCUUUUUAUGUCCCUUCAGUUGCUCCAGCUAUGAAACCAGGAAAAGAGUUGGAAGCUAGCAAUGUUCCAUCGCUGUUUGUGACAUUUCCUCGCAAACUUGUACCGAUGGGCCUGUUUACAAAGCUUCAAGUGAAGUUGAUUUCUGAGUGGGAAAAGCGCUUCCCCAAACAUCAAGUCACGCCUAUCUUCUACUGCAACUACUCCUUGCUUCCGCUUAUGAUAGACGGCUGCGUGUAUGAUGUUUGUUUAAUCGACCUUCACGAGUUCAUUAAGGUUGCCGUUUUUCCAAAACGAGAUGGCAACCAUUCCAAGUUUGCCAGUCAUCUCCUAGCCACCUUGAAAAAGUGCUUGGACGACCUUAAAUCUCCAGAUCAACUAUUAUUCAGCAUGACCAGCUAUGACUUCGAAGUGAAAUGUACCUGCUGCUUUGGUAAGGAAGAAAGGAAAUGUUCUCGUCAUCAUGAGAUCCAGUGUCUUCCAGACCGUUGUGGGCACCGCCACUUCUGGAAGCUUAGUGACCUUCAGAGAUUCUACAACGAUCAAUCCCCUGCAAUUUGCCAGUCGAACAAACACUCGUCCGAGACGUUUGACAUAAAGAGUGUAAUAAUUUGGCUCAAUACUGGUAAGUGGCUAAUGCUAAAGGCGUUUUUACUUUGCCAAUUUUGAAAUGUUUAUUUGACAUUUUUUAAUCGUUUUUAUCAGGGGCGGAUCUAGGGGUCGUCAAGUCAGUCGCGCGACUGAAGUAAAAAUUGCCUACUUAAUUAAAAAAAUUCGACUCCAGCUAUCUAUAGCGGCCAGUAGAUCGAGUUAUUAAAAUUUUGAAUCGUAGUCCAGUUAUACGUUUCAUGCUGCGGCAGAGCUUCGGCAAAGUAAUGUUAGUCAGUCACGAACAGCGGUCUUACGCAUGAAUGUUGACGGAUUCGGGGGUUGAAUCCGGCUAUCUGAUUGGCUGACGCGCUCAUUUCCAUGGUUACAGCCAUUUGCGACGGAUCUGUGGGGAGGCCUGACGGAUUUGCAGAUUCAGGGGCUUUGUAUGAGUCUUCUGAUUGAACCAUUUAAAAAUAUUCUGCACUGUCAUUGGCUUAUAUUUUCGACGGAUUCGCAGCGUGGGGUAUUCGUCAACACGGCAUUUGGUGUUUAUACCUCCUGAAUGUUUACUAUUUCGAACGUCUGGCAUGUGAGAAAUUUUACUAUUAUAUUUUUACGAGCGAUCUCUGCCAGCGAUAUCUGGAAACAUUUUCGACAAUAUUCAG